GCAAUGACGGCCUCACACACUGACUAAUUUCUUCCUCCGAGACAGGCUGGCCUGACCUUUCUAUGUAAGACUCCCAGGAGGAAUAACCAAUAAUCUCGCAGUAAGCCCGUACUUCCUCUCACUUGGGCUUAUUACCCAUUCCGAUAGUAAUCCCUGCAGCUGUGCGCCCUUUUCGGCUCCUGCCAGUGGGGCGUGCAGGGCUCCGACCGCACGUCGUUUGUUUAUGUGCCUGUUGGCAGCCUAAGUACGGCUUUGUGUCGUUCAAAGUUCUCAACUUUGCUUCUCAUAUCUCUCUUAAACAAUCAUUAUCCGGGGAAUUAUAUGCCGGGAAGAAAUAAAAACAUUCCAGCGUCUUGCGUGUGGCCAGCACCUCGUACUGGGUCUGCUAGACAGGUGCACAUGUGACUUGGACGAAACCAAGUACCUAUCCAGCGGAGGACGAGUUCAUCCUAUGGAAGAUUGACGCAUGACAUUGCGAUUUGACAAGCUUGCCUAGUGCUCGAACAGAUCAAGUGGGAGUGGUCCCAAAAGAUAAGCCAUGUCUGCCAAAGAUGGCAUCGAUGUGGCCGCCGACAGCACGGCCGUCCAGCAGCAAGCCUCCGAAGGCGAAACCACCAAGCAAGCAGCCCAGAAGGAGAGACAAGCAGUAUGGGGUGACUACUUUCGCGUUUUCACGUACGCGAAGAAAUGGGAUUUUGUCCUGAUGGUCGGUGCCGCAGUGGCUUCGUUGGGAGGCGGUGUUACUACUCCUCUCAUGAACGUGAUUUUCGGCCGACUUGUUGGUAACUUCACAUCGUUUGGCACACCGGGAUCAAGCAACACUCGGGCCCAAUUCGAGCGAACGCUCAACUACCAAUGUCUCCUGAUGUUCGUUCUCUUCAUCGUCCGCUUCACCCUCAACUACAUCUCCAAGUUCUGUUUCCGCCUGAUCGGUCUCCGCAUCUCUGCGGCCAUCCGGCUCCAUUACCUCUCGUGCCUUCUGUCUCAGACUGUCCACGUCCUCGACUCGAUGCCGCCAGGGGCGGCGGCUGGUACCAUAACUAGCACGGCCAAUGUCCUUCAGAUCGGGAUAUCCGAGAAGCUGGGCACGUUUUUGGAAUUCGCAUCUUGCAUCGUUGCCUCGAUUGUUGUGGCCUUCACCUUCUCGUGGCAAGUCACGCUCGUGACGUCCAGUGUGGUUCUCUUCAUCGGCAUAUCCGUUGGCAUCUUGCUGCCCUUCAUCAUCAAGGGAACCACCCGCUCGACUGAUGCCGAGACGAAAGCCGGGGCUGUUGCGACUGAGGCCUUCUCGGGCAUAAGAAUGGUCUAUGCCUGUGGAGCUCAAAACAAGAUGGGAGAUAAAUACAGCUCCUGGGUCGUCGAAGCCAAAAAGGCCGGCAUGUACACGUCACCUUUCGUUGGCCUGAACUUCGCAUUAGUGUUCUUCGGGCUCUAUAGCGCGUUUGCUCUGUGCUUCUGGUACGGAACCAGGGCUGUCGUUGAAGGGGUCGUGGAUGGCAUUGGCUCCAUUGUGAUUGUCUUAUUCUCGGUCUUCCUCAUGGCAAUUUCACUCGAGAGAAUGUCAGGGCCCUUGAUCGCAGCCAGCAAGGCCACUGUGGCUGCCGCAACCUUCUUCGCCGUCAUCGACGCACCGAAGCCGGAACGGGGCACUUUGAAAGACCCGGAUGUGUCUGCUGAUGGGGAUAUCGUUUUCGAAGGAGUCACUUUCGCUUAUCCUGGAAGGCCUAACACCAAGGUCCUGGACGACCUCAACCUCACCAUUGAGGCCGGCAAGGUAACUGCCAUUGUCGGGCCUUCGGGGAGCGGCAAGAGCACAGUCGUUGCUUUGGUAGAGCGCUGGUACACUUUACAUUCACAGGCAACAAUCAGUAAAGCGAUCGAGAAAAAGGCCGAGAAGAAGAACAAGAAAGCACCUGAAAAGAAGCCGAAAGAAAAGAAAUUCUUCUUGUCUCGAUCAAAAGCCAAGGACAGUGAGACUGAUACCAGAAACCAGCAAGACCCCGAGGCGGCGAAAGACACAGCCAUAACGAUAACUCCGGAUGAGCAGGGCUCGAGCGAACCAGUACCACUGAGCGGAAAAGUCGUCACCGCAGGGCAUAAUUUGGACGAGAUCGACGUCAAGUGGUGGCGAUCGCAGAUUGGCCUGGUCCAACAGGAACCCUUCCUUUUCAACGACAGUAUCUACGCCAAUGUCAUGCAUGGACUAGUCGGGACACAGUGGGAGAAUGAGCCAUUGGAGGCCAAGAAGGAGCUGGCAAGAGACGCAUGCAAGGAGGCCUUUGCAGAUGAGUUCAUCGACAGGCUACCAGAUGGUUAUGAGACCCAAGUAGGCGACGCCGGCCUCAAGCUGUCCGGUGGGCAACGCCAACGGCUUGCGAUUGCUCGCAGUAUCAUCAAAAAGCCCAAGAUCCUUAUCCUGGACGAGGCGACCUCGGCAAUCGACGUCCGAAGCGAGAAGAUCAUCCAGGCCGCCCUCGACAGAGUGUCAAAGGGGCGUACCACGAUCACGAUAGCGCACAGGCUCUCCACCAUCGCCAAAGCCGACAAAAUUGUGGUGAUGCAGAAAGGAAAGCUAAUGGAGCAGGGCACACACGAGACUCUGCUGAGUGAUGAGGCUGGCGUCUACUCUGGUCUCGUCAGAGCACAGAGACUGACCCUUGGAAGGGAAGAUGACGCAGAAGACAGUGACAUCCUGGAGGAAAAAGAGGCCGAGGAGAUCCAGGCCAUCCUGAGUCGUGAGAAGUCGGCCUCCAAGGCCCUCGUCAGCGGAGGCGAGGCAGAACUCGAGACUGCUUGGAAAAAUCGAGGCCUCACUGGCAGCUUUGGUCGACUCCUCUACGAACAGCGCAGCCGCUUCCCCUUCUAUGUGCUUAUACUCCUCGCAGCGGCCGGUAUUGCCUCUGGCACCCCUAUCCAGGCUUGGCUCUUCGGCCAAGUAAUUCAAAUUUUCACGUUCAUCUUCUCGCCAUCCCGCUUCCUCCGCGAAGCCGAGUUCUGGUCGCUGAUGUGGUUUGUCGUUGCUAUCGGGCUGGGCUUCUGCUACCUGGUGCUGGGCAUCGUCGCCGUAAAUCUCCAGCACUUCAUCUGUGCAGCAUACCGCCAGCAGUACUUCUCCGCGAUUAUCCGGCAGAAGAUGCUGUUCUUUGACGACGAGAACAACUCAGUGGGUACCCUCGCCUCAAGGGUUCAGGGCGACCCAAAACAACUCGAGGAGUUACUGGGAAUGAACAUGGGCAUGGUCGUCAGCUCUGUGCUCCAGCUGUGCGGCUCCCUGACCAUCGCGUUUGUGUUUGGGUGGAAAUUGGCUCUAGUGGCAACAUGCGUAACCGUUCCGAUCGGUUUGGCCUGCGCUUGGUACAGAUUCAAAUACGAGAUGGAGUUCGAAAAGUUGUCUGCUGAAGUCUUUUCUGAAUCCAGCAAAUGGGCCGCCGAAGCCAUCGGUGCCUUCCGUUGUGUCUCUUCCUUGACAUUAGAGGACGAGAUUAUCGACAGGUAUCAAAAGCUCCUUGAUGGGCACGUCAUGUCCGCCUAUCGCAAGGCUCGUUGGACGACACUCAUCUUCGCCCUGUCUGACUCUCUAGCGCUCGCGUGUCAGGCCUUGAUCUUCUGGUACGGCGGGCGACUGUUGGCCAGCGGCGAAUACCAGGUCCUCGACUUCUUUGUAUGUUUCAUGGCCGUCACGCAGGGAGCAGAGCAAGCUGGUGUAGGCUUCUCUUUUGGCCCCAAUGCCGCUCAGGCGAACGCUGCGGCAAACCGGAUCCUGAGUAUCAGGGAGAGUCGAGGGGAGAGAGCCAGCUUGGUUAGUGAUACAGACGAGGGCCAAAAGGCCAUUGAGGUCAUCCCGGACAGUACAAAUGGCAUAAAGAUAGAAUUGCGGGAUGUUGGGUUUCGCUAUCCCACACGCCAAGUCCAGGUCUUCAAGCAUCUCAACAUCACGGUCGAGAAGGGCCAAUUUGCGGCUCUUGUGGGUGCCUCGGGCGCUGGAAAAUCGAGCACAGUGGCCCUCCUCGAGCGCUUUUACGAUGCUCAACAGGGGAGUGUACUCUGUAAUGGGAGAGACAUCAAAUCAGUGGAUGUGCAUGAGUAUAGGAAGCACAUUUCCCUGGUAGCCCAGGAGGCAUCGUUGUUCCAAGGCACCAUUCGCGAGAACAUUUUAAUGGGGGUUGAUGCGUCGGAGAUCAGCGACGCCCAACUACACCAAGCAUGUCAAGAUGCUGCAAUCCACGACUUUAUCAUCUCCUUACCUGAAGGCUACGACACGGAUGUUGGCUCGCGUGGUGUUGCGCUGUCAGGUGGUCAGAAGCAACGCGUCAGCAUCGCGAGAGCCAUUAUCCGGGAUCCAAAAGUUCUCCUGCUCGACGAGGCAACGUCUAGUUUGGACUCGGAGAGCGAGAGGCAAAUAUCCGCUGCUCUCCAGAAAGUAGCCAUAGGGCGAACAACUGUUGCAGUGGCCCAUCGACUAUCUACUAUCCAGCACGCAGACGUGAUCUACGUUCUUGGGGAAGGGAAGGUACUAGAAGUUGGGACUCAUGCUGUAAGCAGCUCUCGGACACAGUCUUCUUACUGUCAAAAACGAAUUACUUCUAUCUUUAUCAUCUCCCUUCAGGGUUUUAUCAGGCCAGUUCUGUUCAGACUGUGGCUACAAACUGUCUUAACGCCCCAACGCCUGCAUUGUCAAUCACUUUUUGGUGGUUUGAUAGCUGACUCUGGAUAUAUAGGAAUUGUUGAAGCAAAAGGGAGUGUAUUAUACGAUGUGCCAAAGUCAAGCUCUUGACCGGUAAAGAUUGUAGAUAUCGGGUGGGUUCCAAGGUUAUAAAAAAACAAAUGGAAGGUGUUUAACUGGCCGGCGUUAAGAACGAAUCAGCUAUCUCUGCUCCCAAGGGCAACUCUAAUCUCAAUACCCAGACUUUACUGCAAAGAAGA